UUUACAUUUGUGUGUCGUAUUGUCGCUGAACAACGUUUCGCUGCGUUUAUGGGUUUAGUAAAGUCUGUGGGUCCGUGAGGCAGUUUUACAGCAACACCAACUAAAAUAGGAAGCACGAGACUCUGUGUUGUUGAUUUGGAAACAUCUUUUAUGUGAUCAAUGACAUCGCAAGAGGAAAUCAAAGUUGUGCUGCUGGCAUGCGGGUCGUUCAACCCCAUCACAAACAUGCACCUGCGCAUGUUUGAACUGGCUCGUGACCACCUUGAAGACAGUGGAAAAUACAGGGUGGUAAAGGGUAUAAUAUCUCCAGUUGGAGACAGCUAUAAGAAGAAAGGUCUGAUUGACGCCUCUCAUCGGUUGAAGAUGGCCAGACUUGCCACCCAGAAUUCUGAUUGGAUCACAGUGGAUGACUGGGAGUGUCAGCAGCCAGAGUGGGUGGAGACAGCCAAAGUAGUACGGCACCAUUAUGAAGAACUCAUUUCCAGUGAGAACAACAAUGAUGAUGUGGACACAGUGAGAGGUGGGAAGAGACGAAAACUGAAGCAAAACGAAAGCAUCUGUCAGAUUCCAAAACUCUGUUAUCUUUUAGGAAUCGGCAUGUAUACCCGUAAGGUCGCCCUAAAGCUGAAACUGCGUAAAGUGAUCGAGCAGGUGGGGGAUCAGUAUGUCAUCAAGACCCUCAGCACUUUUAGAAACUAUGUUUUUUCAUUCAGGGUGAAUGAGGAGUUUCAAGAGUUUACCAAGGGACUGGAUAACAGACACUGCAAGUCCCUGGUUCAAUGGGAGGGGAACAAGAUUGUGUGUGUUCAAAACGGUGAGAAAAAGAACCGAGGUUGGGCACACUGGAUCGAGGAUGAUAAACUCCAUUUGGAGUUGUACUGUGAAGAUCAAGUCUGCAAGCAAGUUUUCAAACGGGUUGUCUGAGGUCCCGAGGAGGAGCUUACUACUUGAAAAACACACAUACACUGAUGUAAACAUAAUUGUUCAAUUCUUAAUCAAAGGAAUGUGGGGCAAGGGGAUACGACAUGUGUCCCAAAACAUAGACUAAUCAAUUACAACCAAUGAGACAUACAUUCUGAGCCAGGAUUGGUAAACAAUUGAAUACAUGGCAUGAAUUACAUUGUCACUAGAGGGCGACAUGAGACCAUUUACAAACACUGUAUCAGUGUAACUGGUCACUGUAACUGUUUAAUCAAUGUAACAUUAGUUUGUCAACUGGAAACACUGUAUGCUCUGAAUGUUGUCAGUUGUUGUGUGCCUCCAUUUUCUAAUCACAUCAAGAAACAAGAGUUACAUUUACAAACGUGGAGAAAAGUGCUUAGGAUUUCUUAAUGGCCUGUGGCCGUAAUGCUGUCAGUGUGUAUUUGUUUAUGGGUUUGCCAGAAUUAUUUCACUUAAAUUUUACUUGUUAAUAUUGUUUAAUUGUGUUUUUUUACUAUUUAAAUUAUUGUUAUAUUUUAUUUGAUCUUUAUUCUUUUUUAAGUUUCUAGGAGUAGUUUUAUAUCGGUGCUAAGAUAAAACAGGGCCAUCAAUCAAUUCAUUU